AUGAUUAGGACCUUAGAUGAUAUAAAACGUUAUUUUUCAAAUCCAAAGCCAGAUUUACCAAAAAGCAUUUCACCAAUCGUUGAUGAAGAGGGGUUAUUGUUUAAUGGGCUUAGAAUAAGAUUUAGUGGAAAUUCACCAAUAUUCAAAAUCGAUACAAAAGACUUUAUAUUUACAUUAACAGAAGGAUUAAUAUAUUUGAUGAAUGGUGGGGAUGUUGAUAUUGCCGAUUACAAGGAUUUAGUAGAAUACUCAGAAUUUCUAUAUAUGAUAAGAAAGACGGGGCCCGAAACAAAAAGAUUAAAAGAAAUUGAUCUAUAUAUAAAAGCUAUUAAUCAAGAUGAUGAAUAUGCUGAAGACAAUCUAAUCAUACAAGAUAUAGACAAUCCAAUCACACAACAAAUAGACGAAUUGGAAGAGGAGAUAGCUAGAGAAAACAGUGGACAAGGUAUAACGUUUUUAUCCGACAACAACGAUGAACUACUUAAUAGAUUAGAAAUAAUAUUAGCAGCAAUGAAAGAAGGUCAUCGUUCAGACAGACUAUAUAAUGAAGUAAAUUGCAUAUUAAAAAGAUUCCUAGAGAAAGGUAUUAGAGAUAAAAAUGAUUAUAAAAACGUAAUUGAUAAAAUUAUCCAAUAA